UGCUACUAUGCGGCUUAUUCGGCGCGCACGAAGCGGCCGCGGUAAAGUGCGCUUGCUUUCAUUUUAACGUCUUAAGCAUUAAAUAUGCGUUACUCAAACUGUAGACUUCGGCACCAGUCAUCAUCCUUGCCUGACAUUGACCUGCCGCAUAACCAAGACACCGUUGUUGGCAGAAGUCGCAGCACUCAAAUUCGGAACAAGCGCUGCUCCAGAUGUCAAGUCAGACUACGAGCGGAUUUCAGCAAAGGCACGGUUCAGCUAACGCAGCUUGGAGAAAACCCAUGCCGGGUGUCUGGCCGGCGCCUUGCAGUAGGAGAGACGGUGACGGUGUGUGACGGUGAUCUACUGGAAUUGCUUGCGGAGGAACUGCCUUACGUGGUUGUGUUCGAGAAGUUUUCUAGUCUUGACACACCAUCGUCGGCUGCUGCAGCGGCCGAUUUUCCCAGUUGUGACGAAAAGCGCCCCUUGAAGCGUAAAUCUGAUGACGAGGACAUGCCACUAUCGAAGAAGCAUGUCUCGUCCGACACACAUGAUGAACAUGACGAGCAUGUGGAAGAAGUAUCUCGCAAGUUGAAACACAUGCAGAAUAGCUACAGAAAGCGUCACACCUCCGAAAAGUUGACGCAACAAAGUGAAACUAAUGUUUCACGUCAUCAUGCAAGUCCUGUGGCGCACCAAAGCAAGAGUGGAUGGACAGACUUGACAGAGCAUAAUGUUUUGAUGCUUAAUUCAGAAAAACUUGAACACAAACCCAAGAUUGCGGCAUUUGACCUUGAUGGAACUCUAAUCACUACCAAGUCUGGCAAGGUGUUUCCCGUUAACUCUGCUGAUUGGCGGAUACUGCUGUCGGCAACUGAGGCACGCCUACGUAGUCUUGUAGAAGAAGGCUACAAGAUUGUUAUCAUAACCAAUCAGAGAGGUCUGGCUAAGAGCCAGAGCCACGAAGCUGACUUCAAAAACAAGGUGGAGCGCAUCUUAAAGACAUUGGCUGUCCCGGCCCAAGUGUAUGUGUCUGUUGGCCACGGCUUCUAUCGCAAACCAGCACCAGGAAUAUGGCAUCAUUUAGAGUCUCAUGGAAAUGGAGGUAUCCCCAUCAAUUUGAAGGAGUCAUUUUACGUUGGAGAUGCUGCGGGGAGACCGGCAAACUGGGAACCAAAACGCAAAAAAGAUUUUUCAUGUUCAGACAGACUGUUUGCCCUCAACAUUGGGAUUAGGUUCUAUACUCCAGAAGAGUUCUUUUUGAAGAGACCUGCAGCUAAAUUUGAUCUCCCACAAUUCGACCCCCGUGCAGUGCCAGAUCUCCCUCUUGCUGAAGUAGUAGCAGCCACAAAGCCAUGUGAAGGCAAAUUCUUGAAUGGUGAUGAUCUUCCAGCAGAUCACACCGAGGUUGUGGUGCUCGUUGGAUAUCCUGCAUCUGGUAAAAGUCACUUUGCAAAGGAAUACCUUUUAUCAAAGCAGUACGCUCAUAUUAACCGUGAUAUGUUAAAGUCAGCACAGAAGUGUAUUGAGGAAUGUGAAAAGGCACUGAGGCGUGGUCAGAGUGCAGUGGUAGACAAUACUAACCCGGAUCCUGAGAGCCGGAAAAGGUUUAUUGACAUAGCACGGAAACAUGGCUGUGAAUGCAGGUGUUUUGUUAUGGAUUGCACCCUGGAGAGGGCGAGGCACAAUAACCAGUUUCGCGAGAUUAAGCUGAAAGGACAACCCCAUGUUUCUGUCACAGACAUGGUGCUGUACAACCAUCGGUCCAAGUUCAAAGAGCCAAGCUUAUCUGAAGGAUUCUCAGCCAUCUUAAAAAUCAACUUUGUUCCCAAGUUCAGCACUCCUGAGGAUGAAAAGCUAUACAGAUGCUUUCUCAAAGACAAGUAACAUCUUAGUGAAUAAACAUGCGAGGACUACCAUUGCGCUUUCUCAAAGACAAGUAACAUCUUAGUUGGUGAAUAAACAUGUGAGGACUA